AUGGCCAAGGCCAAACCGACCAACCUGCGCAAGGAUGGCGAAGAUACCGAUAAUACCCAUACGAACGAAGAAGACCGCGGCCUGCUCUCGGGAAAUUCCUCCGACGAUGAGGAUAUCAUCGUGCACCAUGGCGCACCCAGCGAGCCUCGAACUCCACGGACUCCGAACCGUGUGAGGUUCGAGCUGCCUCCAGUCGAGAGCGAUAUAGUAGCGAACGGCGACGCUCCUCCUCCUUACAAUGACUCUCCCCUCUCCGGCCGCCGCGAUGCACGGCGUGAAGCAUUCACGCCCCUCCUCACAGACAUCGAAGCCCCCUCUGUAACACUAGCCAGCACUCCCUGGGGCGAUGAAGAUGUCGACGAGUGGCAAGAGCAGGAACGGCAGCGUCCCAAAUCAGGCCUGCGAUCCGCAUUUAUGAAUAUGGCGAACUCAAUCAUCGGCGCGGGAAUCAUCGGCCAACCCUAUGCAUUUCGACAGGCUGGCCUGCUCGCGGGUAUCAUACUCCUCCUCGUCCUUACCGUGACGGUAGACUGGACAAUCCGACUCAUUGUGAUAAACAGCAAGCUGAGCGGGAGUAACAGCUUCCAAGGGACGGUCCAGCAUUGCUUUGGAAGGCCGGGCUUGAUUGCUAUUUCCAUCGCUCAGUGGGCUUUUGCAUUUGGGGGGAUGGUGGCGUUUGGGAUUAUUGUGGGUGACUCAAUACCACAUGUUCUAGCAGCUGUGUUCCCUGGGCUGGGAGAUAUACCGGUGUUGGGGUUGUUGGUUGAUAGACGGGCCGCGAUUGUUAUAUUUACGUUGGGGAUUAGCUAUCCCUUGAGUUUGUAUAGGGAUAUUGCCAAGUUGGCAAAGGCAAGCACGCUGGCGUUGAUCAGUAUGAUGGUUAUCCUGUUCACUGUUGUCACGCAGGGAUUUAUGGUCCCUAAAGAAUCGAAAGGUUCUUUCAGUACUCCACUCCUCACAAUCAACGAUGGAAUAUUCCAAGCCAUAGGCGUAAUCUCAUUCGCAUUCGUCUGUCACCACAACUCCCUCCUAAUCUACGGCUCCCUCAAAACUCCUACCAUCGACCGCUUCGCCCGCGUCACCCACUACAGCACCGGCAUCUCCAUGGUUGCCUGUCUGGCGAUGGCCCUAGCUGGGUUCCUAACCUUCGGCUCCAACACCCAAGGAAACGUCCUUAACAACUUCCCAUCAGAUAACAUCAUGGUCAACAUCGCCCGUCUAUGUUUCGGGCUCAACAUGCUCACGACCCUCCCCCUCGAAGCCUUCGUCUGCCGCGAAGUAAUGGUUAAUUACUGGUUCCCUGGAGAGCCAUUUAACAUGAACUUGCAUCUCAUCUUCAGCACCAGUCUAGUUGUUAGCGCCAUGAUGCUCAGUCUUAUUACCUGUGAUCUCGGCGCUGUUUUUGAAUUAAUCGGCGCGACUAGUGCGUGCGCAUUAGCCUAUAUUUUACCUCCAUUAUGUUAUAUUAAGCUGAGUACGAGAAGUUGGAAAACAGGGGCCGCUGCGUUGUGUGUCGGCUUUGGCGUGAUAGUUAUGGGCAUUAGUGUUGUGCAAGCCGUGGCUAAGAUAAUAAGGAAUGAGGGCGGUGUUACGCAGUGUCAUUAA